AUGGAGUGGGUGUUCAUCAUGAACCGGGUGAGCUCUCAGGGCAGCUCUGCAGCUCAGCGAAGGCGGAUGGCCCUGGGGGUGGUGGUUCUUCUGCUGGUGGAUGUCAUCUGGGUUGCCUCCUCUGAGCUGACCUCGUACAUCUUCAGGCGUCAGGAGUACAACAAGCCCUUUUUCAGCACGUUCACCAAGACCUCCAUGUUCGUCUUGUAUCUGCUGGGGUUCCUACUGUGGCGGCCCUGGAGGCAGCGGUGCACUGGCACUUUGAAACGCCGCCACUCUGCGUUCUUUGCUGAUGCUGAAGCUUACUUUGCACCCUGCACCAAUGACAACACUGUGAACAACUCUUUGAGCGAACCUCUGUAUGUCCCGGUGAAGUUCCAGGACGUACCGACCGAUUCCUCUGAAGGUUUCAGUGGAGAGUGUGAGUUAUCUUCCAAGAAGCAGCGGGUCCGUUUCAGUAACAUCAUGGAGGUCCGUCAGCUGCCCUCCGCUCAGGCCCUCGAGGCCAAACUGUCCCGGAUGUCGUACCCCGCCGCCAAGGACCACGAGGCCAUGCUGCGCACCGUGGGGAAGCUGACCAUCACCGACGUGGCCAAAAUCAGCUUCUUCUUCUGCUUCGUGUGGUUCCUGGCUAACCUGUCCUACCAGGAGGCCCUGUCCGACACGCAGGUCGCCAUCGUCAACAUCCUGUCGUCCACUUCAGGCCUCUUCACGCUCAUCUUGGCGGCCAUCUUUCCCAGCAGCAGCAGCGACCGCUUCACCCUGUCCAAACUGUUAGCCGUGGCUCUGAGCAUAGGCGGCGUCUCCCUCGUGAGUCUGUCCAGCGUGGACAGCCCCGACGACAAAGGUGUGAUAGGUUCUCUAUGGUCGCUGAUCGGGGCGGUGCUGUAUGCCGUCUACAUCGUGAUGAUCAAGAGACGAGUGGACCGCGAGGACAAACUGGACAUCCCCAUGUUUUUUGGGUUUGUGGGUCUGUUCAACCUGCUGCUGCUCUGGCCCGGUUUCCUCCUGCUCCACUACACCGGCUUUGAGGCCUUCGAGCUUCCCAGCCAGCUGGUCUGGACCUACAUCCUCAUCAAUGGGCUCAUCGGGACGGUUCUGUCGGAGUUCCUCUGGCUGUGGGGCUGCUUCCUCACAUCGUCUCUCAUUGGGACUCUGGCUCUGAGCCUCACCAUCCCGCUCUCUAUUUUGGCCGAUAUUUGUAUGCAGAAGGUGCGCUUCUCGUGGUUAUUCUUUGUCGGAGCCAUUCCCGUCUUCCUCUCCUUCUUCAUCGCCACGCUCUUGUGUCACUACAACAACUGGGACCCGGUUCUGGUCGGGCUGAGGAGACUUUACGCUUUCGUUUUCAGAAAACAUAGAGUCCAGAGACUGUCAGAAGACAGCGAGCAGAGUGAAAGCCUCAUUCCUCUGAACACGGUGUCCCCUCAUGAAGGAAGCUUCUGCUCGUGAUCCGGAGGUCCGAUUGCACGCGAUCGACGGCGAGCCGAUAAUCUGGAAGCUUCCAGAGACGUAGAAUCCACCCGAGUGCCUCCGCUUACUUUAAUUUAUUUACAACACUUCCUCCUCACAA